AUGAACAACCAGGGAAAUUUCCUCAACGGAAGAGCUAAUAACAACAAGGGAGGAGUUGGAGCUGGAGGGGGGGCGAACUCCAAUUUGAACCCAACUUUAAAAAGCGCCCCCCCGUUUAGCAAACAAUCAAGUAGCAACUCGCCACAGUACCAUCAUCCUUAUAGCGGCAAAAAGAAUUUUCCCAAGGGGGGCGUGAACUACGGCAGCAGCGGUGGCAAUUUUCCAAGCCCCCCAAGUGGCGUACCUCCACCGAGUGGGAUUCCCCCCCCGGGUGGCAUCCCGUACAUGAACAAAAACUUCAACCCUGCCAAUGUGCCGCCCAUCCCGAGUUACCCGAACAGCAACGCUAUAAGUCCCCCUCCGCCAAGCAAGGGUGGCAGCACCGUCGCACCCCCAGACAGCAGCGGCGUGAUGAAAGAGGGGGGACCAGGAAUCUUUCCCUCCCAUAACAAUUUAAAAAACAAGAACACCAACAUGUAUGUCAACCCAGGGGGAAACAAGUACCACAUGGGGAUGAACCCUCCCCAGCCGAUGCCCCCCCCAAGUGUGAGAAUGAACAGUUUCCCCCCCUGCCCAACGGGCCCAAAUAGCAUCGCCGUAGGAGGAAACAGCUUUCACAUGCAGGGAACAAAUCAGAUGAUGCACCCCCCACAUGGCACCGACAAUAACAACCCCAUGAUGUUUGACAUGACACCUGGAUUAAGCAGCGUGGACAAUUUCGCCACAAAUGUAAAACAAGACGAUGGAAUUUUUGUAGGCAAUUUUAGAGGUCCUCCUCCCCCGUAUGGUAGGCCCAUACCUACGCCGUACCAUAUGAGCGGUGGUGGCCAUAUGUUCCAGGGGGACGGGUACUGCCCUGGAGAACUGGGCAAAAGAGGACCCACAAAAGGGGACCACAAGAAUGAAGCAAAGGGCAGUGCUGUGACAUACAACAUAAAUGUAGACGGAAGGGAACGACUCCAAAAUGAUUACAACCAGAAUUUUAUAAACACAGGAGAAAGGCCACAAAAUUUUAUUAGAGACAGUGAUGAAAAUAAGCGAUUUGAUAAAUACCCUAAGCUGAAGCAGCUACUAGAAUUAAAAAAUGUAAUUAUAAAGAAGAGGUCUACCCCAGCAAGAUACAUAAAGUGUGACUUGAGGACAUUUGACUUGGGUACCUUGGGUACCAAAUUUGAUAUUAUCCUUAUCGACCCCCCAUGGAAAGAAUAUUACAACAGAAAAAUUCACAACCUAGGUUUACUAAACAGCAUGCAUAUAGAAAACUAUGAUUUGAAUGGAGACAUUAAUCACGAGAAGGAUAAGUUUUGGUCCCUGGAGGAUUUGGCUAGUUUAGAAAUUGAAAAAAUAGCUGAUGUCCCUUCGUUUCUUUUUAUUUGGUGUGGAAUUACCCACCUAGAGGAUGCUCGAACUCUGUUAAGCAAAUGGGGUUACCGUAGAUGUGAAGAUAUCUGUUGGUUGAAAACUAAUAUUAAGGAAACCAGCAAAAAAAUAAAAUACCUCAACGAAAUAAAUAAUGAAAAUUCAUACCUGCAGAGGACUACUGAACAUUGCUUGGUUGGUAUUAAGGGAGCCGUUAGACGUUCCCUCGAUAUUCAUUUUAUUCAUGCCAAUCUCGACACUGAUGUUAUUAUAGCAGAGGAAACAGAUGAAAAUAUUUACAAUAACAACAAGCCGGAGGAACUGUAUAAAAUAAUUGAAAAAUUUUGUCUCGGCAGGAGGAAGAUUGAGCUGUUUGGUACUAACAGGAAUAUCCGCAAUGGCUGGCUGACUUUGGGGAAAAAUUUGGACUCCACUUUGUUCAAUAAGGAAGAGUACACUGGGUGGUUCGAGGGGGACAUCGCUUGGCCCGAGGCCACUUCCUAUGUGGGUGGCAAGUACAUGGGCACCACCAACGAGAUUGAGAACCUGCGCCCCAAGUCUCCCCCGCGGAACACCACCUAG